AUUUUGAUUCGCUGCAGCCAUGCACGGGGACCGCCCUCGUUAUGUGAUUGACAGGCCGGCCUUUAACCUCCCAGACUUUGACCGAGAGUUUGACAAGAAGGGCCGACAGUUCCCCAUCGGAGAGAAGGUGAAGAAGCUGUUCAGAUGCUCGGUGCUCAGGCUGCAGGCUCUGCUGCUCAGACUCCUGCCUGUGCUCAGCUGGCUCCCCAGAUACAAAGUGCGGGAGAGCCUGCUCUGUGAUGUGGUCAGCGGGGUCAGCGCCGGCACCAUCCAGGUCCCGCAGGGCAUGGCGUUCGCCCUCCUGGCUAACCUCCCUCCCGUCAACGGCCUCUACUCCUCUUUCUUCCCCCUCAUCCCGUACUUUUUCAUGGGCACGGCUCACCAGAUGGUCCCCGGUACGUUUGCGGUGCUCAGCAUCAUGGUGGGCAUGGUGUGUCUGCAUCUAGCUCCAGAGUCAGACUUCAGUCACUUCAAUGAGACUCUGAACGCGACAGUGGUGGACACGGAGCAGAUGAAUGAAGUCCGUCUGGGGAUAUCUGGAACCCUGGCCUGCCUGACUGCCAUCAUACAGAUCGGCCUGGGCUUCGUGCAGUUUGGGUUUGUCGCCAUCUAUCUGUCCGAGUCCUUCAUCCGAGGCUUCAUGACGGCUGCAGGCCUGCAGAUCCUCAUCUCAGUGCUCAAGUACAUCUUCGGCAUCAAAGUGCCGCCGUACAGCGGCCCGCUGGCCGUCGUUUAUACUCUGGUGGAUAUUUUCCGGGGUCUUCCUGACACCAACGUGGCCUCGCUGGUGUUUGCGUUGGUCAGCAGCGUCGUGCUGAUGGCGGUGAAGGAGCUGAGCGCUCGCUACCGCCACAAGCUGCCCUUCCCCAUCCCCAUGGAGAUCAUUAUUGUGGUGGUGGCCACGGCCAUCUCGGGCCCUCUGCAUCUUCCUGAGAAAUACCACAUGGACAUAGUGGGAGAAAUUCCUCUGGGGUUCCCGGCGCCCAUCCUGCCCACAGUGGGUCAGUGGGAGGAGAUGCUGGGCACGGCGUUCUCCCUCGCUGUGGUCGGGUACGUCAUCAACCUCGCCAUGGGACGCACUCUGGCUGCAAAGCACGGAUACGACGUGGACCCCAACCAGGAGAUGCUGGCUCUGGGCUGCAGUAACUUCCUGGGCUCCUUCUUUAAGAUCCAUGUGAUCUGCUGCGCUCUGUCUGUGACGCUGGCUGUGGACGGUGCAGGGGGGACAUCGCAGUUUGCCAGUCUGUGUGUGAUGCUGGUGGUAAUGGUGACCAUGCUCGCCCUGGGAGCCUUCCUGAAGCCUCUUCCAAAGUCGGUGCUCGGGGCUUUGAUUGCAGUGAACCUGAAGAACACGCUGCUGCAGCUCUCUGAUCCGUACUACCUGUGGAAGAAGAGCAAACUGGACUGUGUGAGUGAGCGCCUCAGAGGUAACCUUGCAGCACAAUCAGCUUUCCCAAGUUUUCUGCUAAGUUUACUAUUCUUUGUCCUGCAGUGUGUGUGGGUCGUGUCGUUCCUGGCCACCUUCUUCCUCAGCCUGCCGUACGGAGUGGCUGUCGGGGUGGGCUUCUCCAUCCUGGUGGUCAUUUUCAAGACACAGUUUCGUAAUGGUUCUGCAGUGGCCCAGAUUAUGGAUACAGACAUCUACAAAAACCCUAAGGUGUACAGCAAGGUCAUUUCAGUAACAGGCGUGAAAAUAUUGAAUUAUUGCUCCCCGCUCUACUUUGCAAACGCUGAAAUGUUCCGUCAGAGAGUCGUCAAAAAGACAGGACUGGAUCCUGGAAAACUGAUCCUGGCCAGGAGGAAGUUCCUGGAGAAAGAGGAGAAAGGGAAAGUGAAUGAGGAGAGGAAGGAGGCGAGGAAGAGGAAGCCCAGCUCCCUGGUUACCAUGAAGUCUCAGACCAUCUCUCAGAUGGAGCUGCAGAAUGACUUUGAUGCGAGCGAGCCCCCCACUAGCUACGUGAACUUCCACUCUGGAGUCGGUAGCGUCGGGGAGCCAGAGCCACCCCGCCCCACCCUGGAGCUGCAGCCCACCCCCUUCCACACCCUGAUCCUGGACCUGGCAGGAGUGUGCUUCAUGGACCUGACGGGCAUCAAAACCCUCAUAAAGAUGAACUCCAGCUACUCGACGCUGGGCAUUAAGCUGUACCUGGCUAACGUCCAAGCUCAGGUGUACGAGGAGCUGGAGAACGCAGGGGCGUUCGAUGACGGGAAUAUCUCCCACAGUAAUCUCUUCCUCUCCGUCCACGACGCCGUUGUGUUUGCUCAGCAGAGCGCGGCAGAGAGGAGGGUCUCCCCGGAGGCAGAGAAAACCAAACAGGAACUCUCCUCCAACUUUAAUGAGGAGAAGGAUCUGGAGCAGGAGAUGUUUGAGCACUGAAGAGGAGCGGAAGACACUCGCCAACAGAUGUCUUUAAUGUCACUGUGAUGAAGACAAAGUGUAUUGUUGCCGAAAUACUCUGUAUAGAAUAUCAAUCCUCUAAUUAAAACAGUAAACUGUGGCGUCAGUGAGCCUAAUUGGAUUUCUUGUUAUUAAUCAGACCUACUAAUUGAACCAUCAGACGUUAUAUGCAAGUUUACCGCCAGGCUCGAAUCCACCUGGAUCAGCAAGGUCUUACCUCUACUGACUCCUGAACCCGGUUCAAUUUCCCUGCUGUAGGCAGACGAGAACUGAAUCCGUUCAACUGAUCCGUCGGAUUCUGGUUUCUGUUGUGAGAAGUGGCACAAUAAGUGUGUGUGUGUGUGUGUGUGGCAGUCGUGCAAUGUUACCUCAGAGCAGGAAAGGAUGGUGUGUUUUUCUUUGAGAAAUGGUUCACAGUAACAGAAGAGGACAUGUUAAU